GGUGGGCAACCCCCCGCGGAUAGCCCCGUCUCACUGUCGCGUCGUUACGGACAGCCGAUACCGUGCGGCCAUAUUGGUGCGGUGCGGCGGUACCAUCGGCGCGCGCGCACGCGCAGUCGGCGCGCUCAGCCGUUGCGCUUCGGUGGCUAACUUCAGGCGUUUGCCGAUUUUACUUUUCAAAUAUGCAAAUUUUGCGAUGACCGCGAAGAAAUUAAUUAUAAAUUUAUACAUAUGCAAGCUUACACAUAUGUUAUAAAUGUACCAGGUUUACAUUCGCUCGGCCCCAGAGAUUCGUUAGCUUGCGCAAAAUAUUUUCGAAGCAUACCGUGGAAAAACCAUGGAAAGAAGAGAAACGUGUCGGAAUCAGCCAUGACGCCGAUUACAGAUUGCGAAAUCGUCCUCGCGAUUCUCACGAUCGUUCCCGACGCGCCUUCAACUCCUCUCUAGCCUGCCCCACUUGCUCACGCGCCGUGCAAUCGCGUCUGCAUGCCGAUUGCAAUAUUCUUUCCACGAAGAGAUAUCGCACACCUACUAUUACAGAAAAACCAUUUCGACGACGAACAUUUCAAGAGCUCUUGUUUUAUAUAUCUUUUUGAAUCUUGCAGAGUUUAAGAAUGCAAUAGCUUUCGGCGAUAUCUUUAAAAGCAAAUAUUUGGAAUUUAUUUAUUAAUAAAUGUUUAAUAUAAUUUAAUCGAGAUUUCACCGAAAAGUUAUCGCUUAUCUCACGAGAAAAUCGCCUGAAAUCGCGGACGAAUCUCACAAAAUUUUCACGGAACGUGACUUGCAUAUACACGAUUCUAUCAUCUCGCAUCUGAAGUUAGGCGCGCAUGUGACAAAUGCACCUAAUUUCAGAUGCGCGCAGCGAACCACGGCGAACGCAACAUGCGACAGAAGCGACGCGACGGUCGAUAAGUCAACUCCCGUCUUUGUUUACUUUGUUCUCGUAUAUACAUACUUUUUCUAUUUAUCAUUUGCUUCGUAUAAUGACAGGGAUUGUUGCUGAUAAUUACUUCAUAUGAAUCUGACACGCGAGUGUAUUAAUGAGCGUUAAUUCGCAGUCUAGAGAAGGAGUACCAGAUAUAUUGAAAAGAUUUAAAUAGAUUAUUAAUUUCCAAAGAUGUCUGAGGUGAUAAGAUUCACGAAAUUGAAAACGGCAACGGACCCAACGUUUUGGGCAAAAUUUGCAGAAUUAAAAAUUGACAAGUUAAAGCUGGAUGAAAAGUCCAAGAUACAUUUAUGGGGAAGUUUUUCGCUUCAGCCAAUGGAUCAAGGGAGAACUAAUCCGUUAAUGGUUGAUUGCACGUCAUUUAAUGAAAACCUGGAGACAACUUCUCACAAAGCUGGAGUAGCUUGCUACGGCUACAUGAUUAACACGAACACUUACGAGGCAUUUAGACAGAUAAAUCCCGAGAAGUUUAUCGAUACCAUGGGCAGAUGCGUUGUCGAUAGCAUUAAAGAUGGUACAGCUCUGCAGGAGCCUUGGAGGCUCUCGGUGUUUUUAACAUUUGCAUAUUCGGAUUUAAAGAAGUACAAAUUUUAUUAUUGGGUCGCGCAUCCAGCUCCUUUCUCAUUACCUGAAACUCUGUCGGUCACACCAACAAAAUUUGCAGCAAGCGAAUUUACGUCUAGUCAAAUAGAGAAAUUAUUGACAAGCUUUUUUCAGCUAGAUGCAAGAGCAAGGAACUUUUUCACAGUUUUCGUAUCUGGAAAGGAUGAUUUAAAUGUUGAUGAUUUGUCGAAAGGAGUGGAAUAUGCAAAACUAAGCAAUAAAGGAGAUUCGCAGCAGGAAAAGAAUGAGGUCUACUUUGCAUUUUACGAUCCUUGCGUUAGUGCAGAACCUGGAUGGCCUUUGCGAAAUCUUCUGUGCCUUUUACUAUGGCAUUGCCCUAUGUAUUGCUUUACUCAUGACAUUAAAGUCUUGUCAUUAAGGAGUGAUAAAGUGCAGACUGCAAUUAUAUUUACACUCAGAUUCAAAAAGGAUAAAGACAUGGAAGCUAUAAAAAAAGCAAUUUCUGAAGGACACUUGGUAGGAUGGGAAUCUAACGUAAAUGGAAAAAUGGGCCCUAACAUUGUAAAUUUGUCCAACAUUAUGGAUCCUGCCAAACUAUCAGACCGAGCGGUCAGUUUAAAUCUGAAAUUGAUGAAAUGGCGCCUUGUCCCUGAUCUAGAUUUGGAAAAGAUCAGUGGUCUACGAUGCCUUCUGUUAGGUGCCGGUACACUCGGAUGUUCCGUGGCGAGAGUACUUCUUGGUUGGGGUAUUAACAAUAUGACGCUCGUAGAUAAUUCUACCGUCUCUCAUAGCAAUACGGUGCGCCAGAGUCUAUAUACGCAUGAGGAUGCGGUGCAACGUCGGCAUAAGGUGCACGCCGCGAAAGACGCUUUACUCAGAAUACGUCCUAGUAUGAAUGUGGAAGGUGUAGUCCUGCAUAUUCCCAUGCCUGGUCACGUAGUUGGCCAGAGUAUGAUGGAGACGACUAGGGAAGCCGUGAGCAAGCUGCAAGAACUCGUGACCAGCCACGACGUGGUAUUCUUGCUUCUGGAUUCGCGUGAAGCGAGGUGGCUGCCGACCUUAUUGUGCGCUGCGACGAAUAAAAUAGCUAUCAACGCCGCUUUAGGUUUUGAUUCGUACACAGUACAACGACACGGCACACGCGACACUCUUUCCGAUCCCGCUUCGCCUAAUUUAACAGUGCAGAACCCCGCGGGACACGAUCUCGGAUGUUACUUUUGUAACGAUGUAACACAACCUGGAAAUUCGCAAACUGAUAGAACGCUUGAUCAGCAAUGCACUGUGAGUCGACCAGGAUUAUCACAAAUCGCCGCAGGUUUAGCAGUCGAAUUACUCAUGGCGGUAACGCAACAUUUCCAAGGAAUUUCAGCUAGAGCUCUUAUGAAUAAUGAUAGGGACGAUUGUCGAGAGAAUGUCGAUAAUUCGUUGGUAGGAUUAUUGGGUGGCGUACCUCACACGAUACGAGGCUCGCUUUGGAGCCAUGAUAUGAAAUUGACCAUCACGCAUAGAUCGCCAUUCUGUACAGCAUGCUCGACGCCUUUGAUUAAGGAAUAUCGACAGCGCGAUUUUGCUUUCGUACUCGACGCUUGCAAUAUGCCAAAUUAUCUCGAGAAAUUAUCAGGACUCGAAGAAGUAUUGAAAAGAUCAGAUCUGGAUGAGUUGUGUUAUACAAUGGAGACUUCGAGCGAAGAUGAAGAGUCGUGAAGCAGCGAUUUAAAAAGACAGCAGAAAAAAUAACAAAA